AUGGCAGGACUCCCUUACGCCGUACCAUCAAACUACGUGAUCCGCCUUGUCGAAGAAGGCUCUCUUGCCCAUUCUGCAGCUCAACAAGCAGCUGCCGCUGGCCCCAGGACUCAUGAACCAGUGCAACCUCACCCAUCACACCCAUCACAUUUCCAGUUCCCACGCACAUCGCUGCACGAAAUGACAUUGAGAACACACUUCCGCGGACCUCACGCGCCCGGCAGCGUAUCGGCACCCAAGUCCGGAACCUCUUGGGCGCCGGCAACGGAUAUCCGCGAGACGAUGCGCGCGUAUCACAUCGAGGUCGAAACACCUGGUGUUACGGAGAAAGAUAGCAUCUUGAUCCAGUGGAUGAGUCCCCAUACAUUGAUGGUGCAGGGGGAGAGUAAGAGGCCUGCCAAUAUCGGACUGUUGGACAGUGAGGAGGGGAAACGAAUCUGGGAGGGUGAAGGUGAUGGGUGGCCGAAGGAGGCUGGACAUGGAAAGAUGGAACAGAAGGAACCCACUGACGGUGGCCCAUUGAUGCGCACCCCCUCUCGAGAAACAAUGGAGGCUGAACUCAUGACCGACGCCAUCCCGACCGUGCUGUUGACCGAACGAAAAAUCGGGCCUUGGAGACGGACUUUCACGUUACCUGACGACGUGGAGAUGAAGGAGCUCAAAGCCAGACUUGAAGGUGGCCUGUUGAGAAUCGACUUACCGAAAAAGAGUGUCGAAGACGUGAAGGGUGGCGGAAUCAGGAUCGAAAUCGAAUAA